UCCGGGUCUGGACUUCGGUUCCAGGUGUAGUUUGCUGAGGAACUGAGCCUCGGCAGGGCGAGGGUGUUCCCAAAACCCCGAGAGAGCCUGUUUCCCCCUCCCGGACAUGCUGUGAAAGGGCUGGCCCCUGUCACUGGCGAUUUUCCCGACAUUCACUCUACCUCCCUCUCGUUCCGAGGAGAGGACGUGUGUACAAGGGUGAGCCGCUGUGGCCACGGGGUGCUGGGAUUCGAACCUAGGCUGAGCCCACCUCUGCGCUCUGCAAGGCCUUGUGAGGCAACAUGACCCACUCUUUGGUUUGUCCAGAGACCGUAAGCAGGGUGAGUUCUGUCCUGAAUCGAAACACCCGGCAGUUUGGAAAAAAGCACUUAUUCGACCAGGAUGAGGAGACCUGCUGGAACUCAGAUCAGGGUCCCAUCCAGUGGGUGUUAUUAGACUUUCCCCAGCGCAUCUGUGUCUCCCAGCUGCAGAUCCAGUUCCAGGGGGGCUUCUCCAGUCGCCGGGGACGUCUGGAAGGUUCCCAGGGGGGUGAAGCCCUUGGCAAGAUUAUGGAAUUCUACCCAGAAGACAACAACUCUCUUCAGACCUUUCCUGUGCCGGCUGCGGAGGUGGACCAACUGAAGGUGACAUUUGAAGAUGCCACAGACUUUUUUGGCCGGGUGGUCAUCUACCACCUCCGGGUAUUCGGGGAGAAGAAGGAAUGAGGUUACUGGACAGCCACCUGU